AUGUCAGGACGUGCUGGAAGACGGGGACAAGAUAUGAUUGGAAAUGUGUUCUUCUACGAUAUCCCACUGCCCAAAGUUGAAAGACUUAUGAAAUCCAACGUACCUCAGUUGAAAGGCCAAUUUCCUCUGACUGUUUCAUUAAUAUUGAGACUCAUGCUGUUGGCUGCGAAGGCUGAUGACAAAGCAGAUGCCAGAGCAAAGGCAUUGUCAGUAUUGAAGCAUUCACUGAUGUCAUUCAGAAAGGAAAGAUAUGCUGAAAUAUUAAAAAUUUAUUUUAUGUUUUCCUUGCAAUUUCUUGUCAAAGAGGGCUACUUGGAUCAAGAAGGUAACCCCAUGGGAUUUGCUGGACUUGUGACACACUUGUACUAUUACGAACCUUCAAAUUUUGUUUUAGUGAGCUUUCUCGUGAAAGGUUUAUUCCACAAGUUAUGCCAGCCAAUUAAAGGCUCAACUGUUUUUUCAGAAGAUGUCCUGGAAAAGCUAGUGCUCGUUCUAGCAAACCUAUUUGGGAGAAAAUACCUUCCAGCCUGCUCAAUGAAAUAUAAACACACAUUUUGCCAGUCAAAGGUCUUUCUAGAAGAUCUGCCAGAAGACUUUGCGGAUGCUGUAAAUGAGUACAACACCAAAGUAGAGGAAAAUUUUGCUCAUUUUCUUCUGACAACUGCCAAGCUGGCAGAUAUCGAACAAGAAUACAGACUUCCACUGUCAAAGACAGAUUUUACAUCUAAGAAUUGGCAUGGCUCUGAACUAGCAUCUUAUUUGAUGGACAGCACCAAAAGCAUAUCUGCCGUCUCACCUUUUGCGUGUUUAUCUGGAGCAGUUGAUAACGAUCUAUUUCAUGGGGAGAUCAUUAAUAAACCUACAUGUACUUGUGCAGAUUUUUGGAGUGGGCCGGAAUUAGAAGUGUGGAACUUCCCGGUUGCGGGUCUAAAGCUGUUAAAUGAAGGAGAUGCUUACUACGCACUCAAAGAUUUUUCACUCCUCAUUAAUUCUAUUAGAACAUCACUGAGUGAACUGUGUGAUGAUCCAAAUGAUAAUGUUCUACUGGCAUUUCAACAACUGGGCGAAAUCUAUGGAGAGAAACUGAAGUGUGUUACCUGA